GAUGACAAGCCAACCCCAUAGGGCCAGAUUCUCAAGUGCUCAGCAUCCACCAUUGGGACCAGACUGUCCGAGGAACUCGAUACCCAUGGCUCCUGUUGUGACAUCCUGGCUAGCUUUUCAACAGAGCACCAACAUGCUGAGCACAUUUGAAAACGUGGCUCAGUGAUAAGACUCUGCUGGGCUUUGAGCCUUGCUCUUAACCCCUGAGCCAGCAAGAGUUGGGUGUGCUCUCUCAUCAGCCCCUGGAAAUACUUUGUGUUGUGGAUUAAGGGACAGCAUUUACUGGCUCCAGUAGAGUUUCUGUUCCCUGGCUCCUGGCUGGAAGGACAAUACUGUAAUAGGCCAUUGAGUGUAGGGAUGCAGGAAGAGCUCUGGGCAGAAUGAGAAACCACUCCACGUAAGUGACUUCCUCAGAGUUUCCCACUUUCAGUUUUGCAGGUGACGUCGUUCUUUAAGUCCUGCCCUGCUCUGCCUCCUCUUCUCAGUUACUCCUGAUGGCUGAUUUCCUCUCAGGAUCCCUGGCUCAUAAGUGAGGAGAGUUCUCUGCUGUGCUUGCCUGGGCCCAUUACUUUUAACACAUAAGCUGCUUCAGCUCUGAAAUGGCUGAAGAUGCCUUUACUGAGCAUGCUCCAGGGUGGAAGCUGCACCCAUAGAGUGAGAUGGAUUUGUGGCUGAAGGAGUUAUAGGCCUGAAGUCAGGAUCUGGAAGGAAACAGCAGCUCUCUUCAGACAGAACCACAGAGCGAACAGUGCAGAGUAAGGCAGAGACUAGGAAAGACGUCUGCAUGAAGACUGAGCUGCUGAAAGAUAUUACCAACAGUAAAGAGGAAGGAUUUAAUGCCAUGGCUGCAGAUGAAAGUGCUACAGAAAAGCAAGUAGGGGAACCAAAAAUGACAGCAGAUGGUGAAACCAAUGGCUCCUGUGAGCGCAGCGAAGCUGGUAGCCACCCAAACCCAACUAAAAACACUCAGGACAAUACAAAAGUGAGCCAGCAGGACUCCAGUACUAAAUUAAAUAGGAUAGCGGAGAAUGGCAUUUCGGAGAGAGACAGUGAGACUGGGAAGCAGAACCACAUGAAAGCUAAUGACUUCACGCAGACUUCUGUAACGGGGAGCAAUGGAUAUAUUUUAACUAAGCAGAUGGUGCAGGAGCAACCCCUAAGGACUACAGGCACCUUUGCUUCUCUCACUGGCCAUGCUGCGAAAACCCUCCCAGGCGGAGCAAGCAAAGGGAGAACUCUGAGCGCCUUUUCUCAGAUGCAAGCCACCAUGCCAGCCAAGCUCGGGGAGGGGAGUAAGGACAUGGAUGCUAAAAAAGCCACGGCCACGAACGCUGAAGUCAAGGUCCACAGAGCACGGAAGACAAUGCCUAAACCCACACCUAGCCUGCAUGCAAGUAAAGACCCCAAAGAAGCGAGAGACACCAGAGAUCAAAAAGAAUCCAAGGAGGAAGGCAACAAAAACGUCUUGGAGUUUGGCAAACCCCCACCGUUGCCCCCUUUCCCAGGCUUUCAUCAGUCACUACCUCAGAACCAGAGCUAUGUGGCCACCACAAAAUCACAGACAGCUGCUGCAGUAUCUCGGAAGAAAAAGCGGAGAAUGGGAACCUAUAGCCUGGUUCCCAAGAAAAAGACCAAAGUGUUAAAACAGAGAACGAUGAUUGAGAUGUUUAAGAGCAUAACUCAUUCCACUGCUGGUGCCAAGGGUGAAAAGGACCUAAUUGGCAUCAGCCCGCACAUGAAUGGGGAGAGCACAGAGGUGGACUCUGGAGAGGAAGACUCUGACGACCUGGAAGAGGAAGAUGAACGUGGAGCUGAACAGCCCGCUGCAUCUCCCUCCCAGGACAACAGGAUCCCUAAGGAGGGCUCGUCUGAUGCCGACAGUGCCAGACAGAUGGAAGACGGUGAAUCUGAGGAGGAACAAGAGUCUGGAGAAUCUGGGGAGGAGGAGGAAGAUGGAGAUGAAUCCGACUUGAGCUCCGAGUCCAGCAUCAAGAAGAAACUGCUAAAGAGGAAAGGAAAGACAGACAGCCCGUGGCUGAAACCCACCCGGAAGAGGAGGAGGAGGAAUAAAAAGAAACAAGCCAGUAUGUUAGGUACUGAAGCGUAUAAACCACCUUUGGGAGGCAGAGAGGGAGCUGGGCAGGAGAAUAGUAUGGAAUACAUGGAAGUGUCUCUUGAUUCUUUGGAUCUCCGAGUAAAGGGAAUUCUAUCUUCACAAUCAGAAGGUCUUUCUAAUGGCCCUGAAGCAAUGGAAAUGGACGGUCUUCAGGAAGUGCCUCUCUGUAGCUGUCGAAUGGAAACCCCCAAAAGCCGAGAGAUUACCACACUAGCCAACAACCAGUGCAUGGCAACGGAGAGUGUGGACAAUGAGCUGGGCCGGUGCACAAACAGUGUGGUGAAAUAUGAGCUGAUGCGCCCUUCUAACAAGGUCCAGCUCUUGGUGCUGUGCGAGGACCACAGAGGGAGAAUGGUGAAACACCAGUGCUGCCCUGGCUGUGGAUACUUCUGCACUGCAGGUACUUUCAUGGAGUGUCAGCCUGAAAGCAGCAUUUCUCACCGUUUCCACAAGAACUGUGCUUCCCAGGUCAAUGACACGAGCUACUGCCCGCACUGCGGGGAAGAGGCCUCUAAGGCGAAGGAGGUGACGAUAGCAAAAGCAGACACGACCUCCACAGUGUUGCUGACCUACGAGCAGGAGAAGCCAAUGGCUCUAGAGGGAAGGGCAGACACCACCACAGGGAGUGGCAUUGGAACACAGUUGUCUGAGGAAGACAAGCCAGAGAGUUCGGCUGCUGAGGGGUUUGAUUUGGCUGGGUCUUCUGUUUUUGUGAAGCCUGCCACUGGCCUGCCUCAGGGACCAGUUAAAGAAACCUUGGAAAGUGCUUUGAUUGCCCUGGAUUCAGAAAAACCGAAGAAGUUACGGUUCCAUCCGAAGCAGCUGUACUUUUCUGCCAGGCAAGGGGAACUGCAGAAAGUCCUGCUUAUGUUGGUGGACGGGAUUGACCCCAACUUCAAAAUGGAGCACCAGAAUAAGAGAACCCCUCUCCACGCUGCUGCAGAGUCUGGGCACGUGGACAUCUGCCACAUGCUGAUUCAGGCUGGUGCGAACAUAGACACCUGCUCGGAGGACCAGAGGACCCCGCUGAUGGAGGCAGCAGAGAAUAACCAUCUGGAUGCUGUGAAGUACCUUAUCAAGGCUGGAGCAUUGGUAGAUCCCAAGGAUGCUGAGGGCUCCACGUGUCUGCACUUGGCUGCCAAGAAAGGGCAUUACGAAGUAGUUCAGUACCUUCUCUCCAACGGGCAGAUGGACGUCAACUGCCAGGACGACGGAGGCUGGACGCCUAUGAUCUGGGCCACCGAAUACAAGCACGUUGAGCUGGUGAAGCUAUUGCUCUCCAAGGGGUCGGACAUUAAUAUUCGAGACAACGAGGAGAAUAUUUGUUUGCACUGGGCAGCUUUUUCUGGCUGUGUUGACAUAGCGGAGAUAUUGCUGGCUGCUAAGUGCGAUUUACAUGCAGUAAAUAUUCAUGGAGACUCGCCACUGCACAUCGCAGCCAGAGAGAACCGCUAUGAGUGUGUUGUCCUCUUUCUCUCCCAUGGCUCGGAUGUCAGCUUGAAGAACAAGGAAGGUGAGACUCCACUCCAGUGCUCGAGUCUCAACUCUCAGGUCUGGGUGGCUCUGCAGAUGAACAAGACAAUCCGAGAAUCAUCUACUGACAAACCUGCCCAGAUAGAGAAGACGGUGAGCAGAGACAUUGCCCGGGGUUACGAGAGGAUCCCAAUUCCAUGCAUCAAUUCAGUGGACAGCGAGUCUUGCCCCACCAACUACAAAUACGUUUCUCAGAACUGUGUGACCUCCCCAAUGAACAUUGAUAGAAACAUCACACAUUUGCAGUACUGUGUGUGCAUCGAUGACUGCUCCUCCAGCAACUGCAUGUGUGGCCAACUCAGUAUGCGCUGCUGGUAUGACAAGGAUGGCCGACUCCUGCCUGAAUUCAACAUGUCUGAGCCACCUCUGAUCUUUGAGUGUAACCACGCUUGCUCAUGUUGGCGAAACUGCCGGAAUCGGGUAGUGCAGAAUGGGCUCAGGGUUCGAUUGCAGCUUUAUCGAACGCAAAAGAUGGGCUGGGGCGUGCGGUCGAUGCAGGACAUCCCCUUGGGAACGUUCGUGUGCGAGUACGUCGGAGAGCUGAUUUCGGAUUCAGAGGCAGACGUACGUGAAGAGGACUCCUACCUCUUUGACCUUGACAACAAGGAUGGAGAGGUGUACUGCAUAGAUGCUCGUUUCUAUGGCAACAUCAGCCGCUUUAUAAACCAUCUCUGUGAGCCAAACCUCACUCCUGUGCGAGUGUUCAUGUCACACCAGGACCUGCGCUUUCCCAGGAUCGCCUUCUUCAGCACCAGGCAGAUCGAAGCUGGCGAGGAAAUCGGCUUUGACUACGGAGACCGAUUCUGGGACAUCAAAGGCAAAUACUUCAGCUGUCAGUGCGGUUCACCCAAGUGCAAACACUCGAGCACAGCCCUGGCCCAACGGCAAGCUAGCACAUCCUCCCAGGACACACAGGAGACCGGACUUCCCGACACCAGCUCUGCCAUGGCAGCCGGCCCCUUUUGAGGACUUGCUCCCGGGAGACCGAACUGUUUUAACUCGAUAGAUUCAGAUACUGUUUGAAAUUUCCAUUGAAAGAGAAAACACAUUCAAGGAAAGCCAAGGGGUUCAUGACAUCUAGGGAUGUGCCACCGACUGUUACUUGAGGAAUAAGUGAAAGCAAAUCCGGACUCCAUGUUGUAGGUUUCCUCCCUCUCCACCCCUGGAAAGCUGCUGGUUUUACAGUGAGUGCAAAGGGAUGGCUGUUGCAGUUUUUCCAUGCAAGAUGUCCUAGCAUCCAUCUCUUCAUGUGUUGUCAGAGCCAAGGGAAGCGUUUACCCCUCCUCUUCAGAACGCCGUUAUUGAUUGAAUGGAACCUUCAUGCCAAGUCAUCUCCAGUUCUCUUACAAUAAACUUUGAAUACUUGAUGGAACUUACUUUUUAAAGGGGCGGGGGGACGGUUCUGACAUUGGUUUACUUGACGCAGCUUUGUGGGGCAGGUCCUUUAAACCACGAAUUUCUCCCUCACCUGGCAGGACAUUGCAGCGUGGUCUUCCCUGGUCCCGUCGCUGGGAGCUAGAGGGCGUUUGCUUCUAACAGAUGCCCAUCGGUUACCAAAUCCGCUGAUCUGUUAUUUUUUUUCCUAAAGAAAAAUGGAAAAGAAUCCUUUUUCCUUCCUGUCCCCCCAAUCCCUGUCUCUGUUCCAAGCCUGCCAGAGAUUCUCUCCCCACCGCUCCUGCUCUAUACAAAGCUUUCUCCGUUAAAAACCAGCUCUCACCUCUGCCCCUUGGGCAUGUUACUGUCUCAGUGUUGAUUUCACCAGUGGAAGGAUUUGCCUCUCCUGCCACGUGAGCAAUCUUAGAGAGGGACGGGGAUUGUACAAGACACUAACUUCUGAAAGCAUCAGUUUGCUUUUUAAAAACAAAACAAAGUGAUACAUGUACUAUAAAGAACCUUUGGCAUUGCUCAAGAGAAUGCUUAAGGCCGGGCAAGCAUCAGAUAGGACACACCCCAGCGAGAGGAGAUACCAUGGCCACCAGCUCAUCCCUCCCUUUUCCCAACUCGGGGCACCUCUGAUUUAAUUUUUAAGCCACACACUAUGAAGUUUAAAUGAACUGAUUUAUUUUUUACCAUUAUUAAAACAUUCGGGACAAAGCAUUAAAAAAAAAAAAAAAACCACACACACA